UUCUGAAGCAAAUGAAUUAGGGGACGGGGAGCAGGAUGGAAGCUGGUGACAGGGAGAAGCUGAAAGCCAGAGAGAAGAGUCAGACCAGGAGGGGAAGUGAGAGUCUGAGUAGGUGUCCAGGGUUGAGGGAGGAGCACAUUUGCACUGUCGCAGAGACUCAGGGAAGGCUGGUGUGUGGAGAAGGAAGUCAGAGGACAGGGGCCGUGUGGGGGUAGGUUUGCUAGAACAGCCAUCAAAGGCUGACUUUGUCAGAGAAAGAGAGAACAUCUGCAGAUACGAUGCUGUUCCUGCAACUUGUGUUGUUCGUGGUUCUCCUCCCAGGUGGUGACAGUGAAGACGGUGAGAUCUCUGGCCUUGCCCUGUGGGUGCACAUCCUUCCAGGAGCCAAUCUCUGUCCGAAUUAUCCUGACCACAUCCUUUUACAACCGUUCCUGGAUGCAAAAUCAAGGCUCAGCUUGGCUGGACGAGCUGCAGACUCACGCCUGGGACAACAAGACUGGAGCUUUCAUUUUCCUUCGGCAUUGGUACAAGGGGAAAUUAUGCAGCAAGGAGCUGAUGGGAGUGGAAGAGUUAUUCUCUUCAUACUACAUUGGAUUUCCUCUAAAAUUUCAAGAUCAUGGCAGCCAAUGGCAGCUUGAAUAUCCCUUCCAGGUACAGCUGGCGUUAGGCUGUGAACUGCACUUUGGAGAAGCAUCAGUUGGCUUCAUGAGGAUUGCUUAUCAAGGAACAGAUCUCAUAAGUUUCCAGAACAUGUCAUGGUGGCCAUCUCCAGAGGGAGGAAGUAGGGCUCAGCAGGUCUGCAGACUAUUCAAUCAGGACCAUGAAGAUAAUGAAUUAAUGCAUACGUUCAUCAUAGACUACUGUCCCCACUAUCUCUCAAGUUUUCUUGAUGCAGGGAAGGCAGAUCUCCAGCGACAAGUCUGUCCUGUGUCUGCAGUGAGGCCAGAGGUCUGGCUGUCCACUGGCCCCAGUCCGGGUCCCGGCCGUCUGCUGCUGGUGUGCCACGUCUCUGGCUUCUACCCCAAACCGGUGUGGGUGAUGUGGAUGCGGGGUGAGCAGAAGCAGCGGGGCACCCGGCGAGGUGACAUCCUGCCCCAUGCUGAUGGGACGUGGUAUCUCCGAGUGACCCUGGAUGUGAUAGCCAGGGACGCAGCUGGCCUGACCUGCCGAGUGAGACACAGCAGUCUAGGAGGCCAGGACAUGGUCCUCUACUGGGAGCAGCCCCACUCCAUGGGCUUGGUCUUCCUGGCGGUGAUAGUGCUCCUGGUGCUUCUGGCAGGUCUGGCGCUGUGGCUCUGGAAGCGCUGGAAAACACCCUGGAGACCUCAGUGUACUGACCUCCCUUCUGAGCGAGAUCCCAGCAGCCCAGGCUCCAGUACUUACCCAAACCCAGCUCAGCGGUGAUGUCCUUGCAACAAUCUGUGUGCAACUUUGUCUUUCAGUUCUGCUUAAUGAUCUGUUGUCAAUAUAAGCUCAGUGUAAUUUAGCAGGAUUUGUUAUUCUGAAUUGGUCCUGGAACUUAACUCUCAAAAUUUACUCAGUGUGAAAUGAAGUCUCAGCACUUCCAUCGGUCACGGGUAUCGGUAGUCACUUCUUCCAGGGAGCCCUUCCUGAUUCAGUAGUGGAAGCAGUCUCAGGUGAUAAUUUCCAGCACUUAAACUUGCACUUUGGUAAUCUAUUCCUGAACCCCAGCCCUUGUUGCCCCCAUUAGGUUCCUUUGCCUUUUAAUUCUUAGGAUUCUUAAGAGCAAAGACAUGUCUUUUUAAUGUUUGUAUCUUUGGCAAGGAGAGUCACCUGCACGGAAUAUGUCCCCAAUAAAAAUAUGUGUUGAAUUUAUGCUAAAUUCAUACAUUUUUUCUUUUUUCUUUUGCUUCCUGACAUGUUUGUGGUAGUUGAGAUGUUUGAUCCUUUCCUUGUUAAAUGUCUUGUCACCUGGUUGAGAGAGUUAACACUUUCCCUGUUCCUAUCCACAUCUCCAGGCAUCGAAGCAGAAACAAGUUUCCUGUGAAGAUUUCUAUUAUUUACCUCCAGACACCUAUUGGACUGGACCUGUUGCUCCCAGUAUUCUGAACUGAAAGAGGAAGGCAGGAUGCUUGCUGUUUGUGGGGCUCAGAGACAGCAGCAGAGCUGUCACCUUGUGGCUUGAUAGAAAUAUAGGGUCUUGGCCUCAGCAGAAACCCACUGAACGCAAUUCGCAUUUUAGCGAAAUCAGCAGGGAAUUCACAGGUGUAUAACAUGUGAUGUCUGAGAGGUAGCAGUGAAAGUGUGUUGCUGGAGGGAAAAGAGACGCUCUAGGAAAGAGACGAGAGCUGUGGUCGGGAAUGAAUGGAGAUCCAGCAAGGAGCAUGCAUACGGAGCCUCAUGGCCUUUGUGGCUCCUGUGUUACAGUCCUGAGGACACAGAGUCAGUGACAGUGAGCCAUUGUUCCUGGGGGAAAUGUGGGGUUGGGGUCCUAGGAGCCUCUGCUCAUAACACUUGUCAACUGAUGACUACCCAGCCUGGUUUCAUGUGUGUUUCUGUUUAAAGACAGCUUCUCUAGUGUAUACAUGUGUUUGUAAAUAAUUUAUUGUAUGGAGUAUUUCCCUAUACUGAAACACAGGCUCGGGGUUGUGUAACAUUUCCCAGCUUGGGCACUGUGAAUGCCAGGAUCUUUGGCUUCCUGCCCUGCAUCGGUACUGCCCGUGAUGGUUUUCUAAACAAACAAAGGGGAGACGGUCAUCUUCUCAUGAAUCCAUGAAUAUAGAUACAUUCCUGCCUUUUUCAUUGCGUCCUCAUAGUGUCCUAGAUGUUACUUCAGCAAUUUCUGAAGCAGUUCCACAUAGGUAUCAGGACCGUCCUAUUCCGUUUCCUGGAUUUGCUGCAUUGCUGACUCAUUACCACCGAACUCAGGACCCACAGACUUGCAUCAGGAGUCUGAGUGAGCCUCACGCACACAGGUGUUUUGUCUGUGGGGCACAUCCCACCGUCUUGUGCUUACGUCGCCAGUCAGUCCUGCGGCUCUGGUCUUCAGGGCCUUUUUAAACUCUGAAGUCACCAAGAGGAAGCAUGGAAUUCAGAAGACGUGGCACCAAAUGGACCGUGAAUAGGACACAUCCUUAUAGUGUGGGGAUUAACACAGGAAGGCAGAGCAAUACCUGGUUCAGCCUCAUCUGGAAUCACCUGAAGUGGGUGACACAUGUCAGGAGGCAGGCCGGUCAGCACAGACAGACUCCGUGAACAACGAAGAUGGACCUUUGUGACUGACGACACCCACGGCAGCGCGAGUGGAGACAUCCAUGGCUAGACCUCAGUUACUCUCGGUUUCAUUAAUUAACAUAAGAAACCAUUCUCAAACCCUGAUAUGCAGCUGGAACAUUCUGAGUGUCAAGUGCUGGGGAAGAAAAGGUCUUCCAUGUCUUCGUAGCUUGAAAAUUUUGUUUCCUUGAUUUGAUCGUGGUUUUCAUUGUUGUUUGUAACCAGUUUAUUAGUGCCGUAACUUAUGUGGGUUGACUAGGGGACAGAAACUUAGUCCUAGUAAGUGCAGGUGCUGCGAGAGGAGCCCAGGGCAGUGAAGUAUCCAGAGGGAGCGCAUGCAGGCUCCUGGCCCUACACAUGUGGGCAUUUCUGGAAAAUCAUGUUGACAUAGGAGAGGUGGGAAGGGAGAGAGCAAAUCAUGGGAUUUCUGGAAUCUUCUUUCAUGAAUGAGAGUGCUUGUCUGUUUCUCUAACUUCUAGUCCUCCUCAUCUCCCUUCUGUGGCCACCAUGUGGAUUUUGGAUGGUUGACUGUGCAUUCAUGUGUAUCCUGGGGCUCUGAUCAGCGUGAGGCCAUCAGUAGAAAUCAUCCUUGACAAUGUGACAGGUUAUAAGAGGGCCAGGUAACCUCCAGUUGAGGCCCAUUAUCAGAUAGAUGCCACUUGUAUCACGCAGAAUGAUGGUUCAGGCCAGGAACCUGCUCCAAGUGGCACAGGUCAAUGGGGCCUGAUUCUUACGCUUAAUGGAGGAGAAAGAUAUGUUCUCUCUUGUCCUGGAUGAUAAGGUCAGAGUAUGAAGCCUGAAAUAAAUACAAUCAAUUUUUCAUCACCAGAGAAGCAAGCCUGAGGAUGAAGCCUCCUUGCAAGAAAGCAGAGAAAUUAUGUGAAAUUUGCCAAGAGGUGGAAAUCACAAGUGUUCACACCACAAGAAGUAAAAAUAAAAGAGAGAAGAAGACAUUCCAGAUGAGAGGUCCUGGCAGUGCUAACUGGCUUGGUUGUAGGCUCUGUCACCUUGUAUACAUAUGUGAAAACCUCAAGUGAUUAUUUUAUCUUUUUAAAAGAAAAAAGCAGUAAAAAUAUACAAACACAUGAUGAAUAGUACAUUAAAGAAUAAUUUUCACGUUUUC